AAAAAUCAACAUUAACGAACGAUGCUUUUCACGAAAUUUGCUCCAAGCCUCAUCUCGCUGUUUUCUCUGGCAGCAUAUACGGUAGCUGUGGUGAUGCCUGUUCGCUCCGAGUUGGAAUCCAGAGUGUACCCUCGAGCGACAGAGUCGAUCCAAUCCGGCUCAGUAUUCACCAUUCACAACGUCAAGGCUGACACCGUAGUCGACUUGUCGGCAGGUGAUAACACCACUAUCACCGGUUGGUCUCUCAACGGCGGUAAAAAUCAGCAAUGGACUACACUUUGGAGCGGAGAAAGCUGGAAUUUUCAAUCCGUCGCGACAGGAUUGUAUCUAGGCAUAGUUGGAACCCCGGGCAAUGGCACGAACCUGACUGUGGCAAGCACCCCGACGGCUUGGGAUAUUUGGCACGAUACUGUCAAUGAGACGAACUACCGGAUCUUUGUUCCCAACACAACUGUGAACUGGGAUCUUUGGGGUUACGGAGAUGCUACCUCAGGAGACCCGAUUACAUUAUGGGGAACUUGGUACGUUUUUCUUCUGUUCCCCUUUUUCCCCGCUUCUUGUCACUAUUCUGCUCUGCUCGGAUAUUGACGGACUUGUUCUCUUGUUUUAGGUCGGGAAUCCACCAGACUUGG